GUCGGUCCGCACGGUAAAUUUUAAACAGAGCCAAAUUCGAACCAAACCGGAAACAGAAACUCCCACAAAAAAAGUCUGUUUUGCUCAGCCACCCUAUAAAUACAUCCUCAAACCCCAUCUCUCCACAUAAACAAAAACACAAUAAACUAAAACAAACUUAAACCAGUUCCUUUGUCUUGCAUCUUGGUGUGUUCUUGUUCUGUCUAAUGGGAGGCAACAGCAGUAAGCAAUUAUCUCUCUUCAGCUUCUAUAAAUCACGAAGGUCGUCUCAUAGAGUUCAAGCAGACGCCUGGGACGACGGCGUAUACACAAGGAAGGCAUGGGCCAGCGACGAGGACAAGCGAUAUUGGGUGGCUGAGCCAGGUAUUGACCGUAAAGCUUCUGCCUUCAUCGCCAGGUUCCAUGCCUCUCGUGUCUCUGAGUCCGAGCGCCAAACUCUCCCUCCUUGUCAGUCUCAUCCUAACUAGCCAUCAUCAUAAUCAUAACGAUUAUGAUGAAUUAAUUAAAAAAGAAGAAGCAAAUAGCUUGUUUAGUUUGGCUCUAUAUGUAUUUUAUCUUUUCUUUGAUGUUCAUGAUGAUGUCCUUACGAUUAUUUGUUUAUAAGAUGUCUUAUAUACAGCUUAAAGUCAUUAUCUACAAUUAAUAUUACAAAUGAACUUGUCAAAUUUAUAAUAACAUACGAAGUUUCAUAGAUACGUUUUAAGUGUUCAUGAAGACUGCCACAUAAAUAUUUCAACUAUACUUGUUAAUGAAAGAAGUUUGGAGAACUAAUAAACUAAAAUAUUAAGAGCUUUGGUCAAUCAACUUAUCACUAAUUGAUUUUAAAUUGUAAACCUAUGAUAACUUCAAAUUUAGUACGGAAAGUCAUCCGACAUUGGGUCAUUUUGUGGAUGUUGUUUCCUCGAAAGUCCACACUUGAGUGUGAGGGAGGAUGUUAAUAAAUGAAUAAAGUUCUACAUAUCGGUAAUUAGAGAAUUAAUGAACUAAUAUAUAAAAAAUUAUGAUCAAUCUAAUUAUUACCAAUUGAUUUUAAGUUAAAUACGUACAUAGUACUUAGAUAUUGAUAUUAUUCGGGUCUAGGUAUUAAAAAUUGAGAUCCUACACUAUUGUUUCAUGUAUAUCGAUCUAUAGGAAGUACCUUUCUUUUUAGAACUGGCAUAAUCUAUAGGAAGUACUUGCACUUGGUAUUUAUUGCGAUUAAUUAAAUAAGAAGAAUUAGAUUUGGAGCUAGCUGUAGAAUCUAGAACAAUAUAUGCAGAUGAUUCUAUUUUCCCACUUGUAGUUUGUACAUAAAGGUACAUUUGUUCCUUGAUUUGCCCUCUUCCUCCCGCUCGCCAUCUUUUGCUUAUUUGUAUUUGUACAUUUGUUUUCCAGCUUUCUUAUUUAUUUUGAUAACAAUCACUUUUUGUUGUCUAUUAUAAUAUCUUGAUAUCCUUUUACUUUUUUCUUUCUUUUUCCUAAAAUUUGAUACACCAUAUUUUAGUGAUAAAAUCAUAUUUAUUAACAUAAAUGUUAUUUUAUAUAUAUAUAUAUAUUUGAAACAAAUGUAUGAGAAGAGAACAGAAAACAUUAAUUAUGAAAUUUAGCCAUGGUUCAGAUGGAAAUUAGUCGGGUAUUUCUACUGUGGAUUUGUUAACUACGCGGUCAGAACUUUCUACGGAUUUUAGCCGUAAUACACACAACGAUUUAAGGAGCAGAAACAACAAAAUAGAUGUUAUAAUCAUAAAGAGAUGAUGCAUUGUUCUCCUUAUGCAAAUAAGUAAAGUUAGGUUUUACUUGAUCUGUUGGUUAUAUUCCAUGUUCAAAAACGCCAAUACUCAGAUGAUCGAAAGAAUGACUGGAUGUCACAAAUAGUGUUAAUAUAUUACCUGUAAGUCUAUUACUAUAGGUUCAGCUGAUGAGGUUAUUAGCAAGUGAAAAUCUAACUUUAUUCUCUUACUAUGUUUACUACAUGUGAGAGAAAAAUAUUUUAUUUUUUCUUCAUAGUUUUUGAAGAGAAACCAGUUACGCAAAUUUCUAUAUUCAUUUUUCAUUUAUUUUGUUGUUUUGUCUUCUAAUUACUCCAUUUUAUUUUGUUUUCACUUACUUUAGUGUUUGCCAUUCAUACUCAUAACUGACAAAAAUAUUUUUUACAUUCCCUCUCUCUCUUUCUUAAAAAGUGUUAUUCUAAUUUUUUUUUUUGUUUCAAAAAAGUGUCACUCUAUCUUUCAAAUGCAAUUUUCAUAGAUAAUCUAUUUCUUACAUUUUCAAACAGCAAAUACACUUUUAUUUUAAUCAUUUUAUUUAAAUAAUUAUUCUUAAAUGAGAGUACAUUAAUAUAUUUUAUCAUUUUUUAUUCCGCAUGAAAUGUGUUAAAGUGAUAAUUUUUACGAAACGGAAGGAUUUAGUACUUAAGAGUUAAAUCUAUAGAUUAUUAACUUUUUAUGGGAUGGAUUCUUAUUUGUUUGAAAGUCUCAACAAACGAGAGAGAGAUUUGGUUAAAUCAGGAAAUUUAAUUGACAAGUCAUUGAGAGUGAUAAUAUCAAAACAUUUUAAAUUUAUCUAGGAAAUAUGUUAAACUAUGUCGACCAAAAAUAGAAAAUUUAAUUUAUAUAUAAUUGCAGCACACUUUCAACAAAAGUUUUGUAUUUGAAAAAAUAACAUGAUAUGUUUUGGGAAUCAUUCAAAUCUAUCAAAUUAAUUAGAUCCUGUAUCCAA